UUUUUUUUAUUUCAAAAGGACAAAGCUUUUAGACAUAAAGGGACAAUCAUUUUCGGCUUAGUGCCAUUAAUUUUUUGGAAAGUGACAUUUAUUUUUCUCAAAGUGACAAAGUUUACCGUUCUCACUGUAUCAGCAAUAACAGCUAAAAUAAUAGUGUAGAGGGGAAAUAACCCCCGGUUAUAUUUUUUUUUAUUAUUUUUAUUAUUUUUAUUUUUAUUUUUAUUGUUAUUGUUAUUAUUAUUGUUAUUGUUAUUAUUAUUAUCAUUAUUUUUUUUCCUUGAUUGUAUUUUUAUGAAACAAUGCUUAGAUACAUUACUACUUCAUUCAAAAAGUCAACAUUUCACACAGCUAAUCAUGUUGCAACAAUUAAAUCUACUCAACGUCAUUUACAAUUCAAAACUUACACAACUAAUGCUAAAGAUUUCACUAUACCAAAAACACGAAAUAUUGGUAUCAUUGCUCACAUUGAUGCAGGUAAAACGACUACAACAGAGCGUAUGCUUUACUAUGCAGGCGUAACAAAACGUAUCGGAGGUAAUACUUGUACACACAGACACACAGACAUACACACACACACACACACACACAUACAUACAUAUAUAUACAUAUGUAUACAAUUUUUUUUUUUAUCCACAAUUAAACUUAAUUUCAUAUCCAAGAUAUUGAUGAUGGAGAUACAGUAAUGGAUUAUCUAGCUGCAGAAAGAGAAAGAGGAAUUACGAUUAAUAGUGCAGCUAUUACAUUUGGUUGGCAAGGUCAUCGUAUCA